AUGGCACGCGAAGACGAAUACGAUUAUCUAUUUAAAGUGGUGCUUAUUGGUGAUUCAGGUGUUGGAAAGAGUAAUUUACUCUCACGUUUCACCCGAAAUGAAUUUAAUUUAGAAAGUAAAAGUACCAUUGGUGUCGAAUUUGCUACACGAAGUAUUCAAGUUGAUAAGAAGACAAUCAAAGCACAAAUAUGGGAUACAGCUGGUCAAGAACGUUAUCGUGCGAUAACCAGUGCUUAUUAUCGUGGUGCAGUUGGCGCUCUACUUGUUUAUGAUAUAAGCAAACAUGGUACAUAUGAGAAUGUUGAACGAUGGUUAAAAGAAUUACGUGAUCAUGCUGAUGCAAAUAUUAUUAUUUCACUUGUCGGUAAUAAAUCGGAUUUACGGCAUUUACGUUCAGUACCAAGUGAUGAAGCUAAAGCUUUUUCUGAAAAAAAUGGUAUUUCAUUUAUUGAAACAUCCGCAUUAGACUCGACGAAUGUCGAGCAAGCUUUCCAUACAAUCCUUACAGAAAUAUAUCAUAUAGUUUCUCAACGUCAAAUACAAGAUCCAAGUGGACCACAUGGCAAUAGUGGAUCAAAUACAGCACCUAUUCCACUUCGUCUUCCUUCAACAGAAUUCGAUUCCAAGUCAAAACAGAAUACAUCAUGUUGUUCUUAA